AUGCUAUUUUUAAUAAUUAAAGGAACACUUUCUGAAAAUGUUAGAAGGUUAUACGUGAAAGAUCACGAUGAGAAAGAUGCACAAUCAACAAAACCUGCAGAAUAUGCAUUCGAUCUAGUUUGUACAAGUUGUAGAGAAGCUCAUGGAUCCCCCGUAUUGAUUAACUUAGUGGAAAAACAUGAAAUGCCAGGAAGUAAAGGUGAAGCCUCCUUCAUAAUGAAGUGUAAAUUUUGUUCAAAGGAUAUCUCUGUAAAUUUAUUAAAAUUUGAAAAAUAUUUAUAUAAUCCUGAUAGUGGAGUAGAAGAAGAUGAGUUGGAAGAAAAAUCCAUUAAACUAACAAGGAAAAAACAUGGUUUAAAAAGUUUGAAAGAAAAUAAUAAUGCUGCAAUCUUACAAUUGGAUUGUAGAGGUUGUGAAUUGACCAAGUUUUACCCAUCAAGUGUGAUGUUCCAAGCAGAAUUGACAUCUGGGAACGUUAUGGAUUGUCAAUUUGAAAAUGGUGAAGAUGAAUGGUAUGAUUAUGAUGAAGAUGCUGGCGAAGAAGUAUCUGUGAGUUCUUUCCAAUCAGAAAUUAUAAAAGGCUAA